UUCGGUUUGCUGCUCACGUCUCUGGUUUCUGCUAAAGUGCCUGUCUGUGGUGUCACACCACCCACUUGAUGUCAAACACAUCUCCAUCAAAUACAGCUUUUGAACCUUAUAUGCAUUGCAGAAGAUCCAAUGACAUCACCAAAAACAACUCUGACCUCUGUGUUUUUCUGCAGGUUGAUUGCACUGUCCUUUCACACGGACCUGCGAUCAGUCUUAUGGUUUCUUCAUUGUGGCAUGAGACAGAGAGGCUGAUUGUCAAUCAGUAUGGAACAAAACCGCGUUCAGAAGUGUGAAGGAAACAUAUUGAGAUGGGACAAUUCAAUUAAUCAAAAGUGAAGGGACAGUGGGUUUGAUUAGCACCAGUGUGAUUGUUUUAGCAGCCCUGUGUAGAAAUAACUAUGAUGUCUUUUGUAUACCGUCAGAGUAUAUUACCAAUUGCAUGAGGGUUACCAGCGCAGAGAGCAAACGAAAGGAGAGCGCAAAGAAACCGGAAGCUUUUCAGUCCAGGUGAGCUAACAGAGAUAUUCUCAUCCAAUUGAAUUUCACAAAAUUAUGCAGUUAUACUAAAGCAAGAGACAGAAGGAGAUAAAAUAGCAUUCCUGCUUACGUUUGUGCAGUAAUUGUGUUUAAGAUGCCGUGAAAAUGGGCUGGUGGUUGUAACAAAACUUUUUUAGAGUGCACAUGAUACAAAAUGAAAACUUAAAGUCAAUUUGACUGUGAAAAAUUUGACUUUUCUGCUUAUUUAUUUUUAGGAUGGCUCAUGCAAAGAGGUUUUCUCAAAUCCCCAUGUCUAAGUGCAUGCGAGAUCUUUGUAAAGAGGAAGAUUAUACUUUCCUAAACAGUCUUGGGAAACAGGAUGAGAGUCUGAAGGAGAGCACAUGUCUGGAGAGCAAAUGUCAGGAAAAGCAAGACGAAAGGAUCCGGCGUCGACAGGAGCGCGAGCAGCUGGAACGAGAAAAGCAACAUGAGACAGAGGAGCAGCAGAAGGAGAAAGACAAGCAGUGGAAAAGCCAUGUGGCCGAGCUGGCAGCCCAACGCAAGGCCCUCCGUGCAAAACUAGACAGACUACGAGAAUUUAGGGACUUUCAGAAGAAAGUUGUGCUUCAGGAUUUGGGUCUGGAUCCAGGUUCUGCAAAUGAAUCCGUCAAGCAUCUUCUGAUGAGACUGUAACUGGGUUUACUAGUAAAUAAUGAAAUAAUUAAAG